AUGUCCGACCUCUCCGUGCAAUUGACUGCUCCUAACGGACGCGCCUACACCCAGCCCAUUGGCCUCUUCAUUAACAACGAGUUUGUGCCGUCCAAGUCCGGCGAGAAGAUUGCCUCGAUCAACCCUUCUAACGAAACCGAAAUUACCUCGGUCUAUGCCGCCGGUGAGGAGGAUGUGAAUGCUGCCGUCGAGGCUGCCCGCAAGGCCCUGAAGGACCCUUCCUGGAAGCUGCUGCCGGCCACCGACCGCGGUCAUUUGAUGUUGAAGCUCGCCGAUCUGAUCGAGCAGCACAGAGAGACUCUCGCUACUAUCGAGACUUGGGACAACGGCAAGCCUUACCAGGUCUCGCUCAACGACGAUCUUGGCGAGGUCCUCAACACCCUCCGCUAUUAUGCCGGCUGGGCCGACAAGGUCCAUGGCCAGACCAUUGGCACCACCCCCCAGAAGUUCGCCUAUACUCUGCGCCAGCCCAUUGGUGUCGUUGGCCAGAUCAUCCCCUGGAACUUCCCUCUGGCCAUGGCCGCCUGGAAGCUUGGCCCCGCUCUCGCCUGCGGUAACACUAUCGUUAUGAAGGCUGCUGAGCAGACUCCUCUGAGCAUUCUCUACCUGGCUUCUCUGAUCAAGGAGGCCGGUUUCCCUCCCGGUGUUAUUAACAUUAUCAACGGCCACGGCCGCGUGGCCGGCGCUGCCCUGGUGCAGCACCCCGAUGUGGCCAAGGUCGCCUUCACCGGCUCUACCGCCACCGGUCGCGAGAUUAUGAAGAUGGCUGCCGGUACCCUGAAGAACAUCACCCUCGAGACCGGUGGUAAGUCCCCACUGUUGGUGUUCGAGGACGCCGACCUCGAGCAGGCCGCCAAGUGGGCACACAUCGGUAUUAUGUACAACCAGGGCCAGGUCUGCACUUCGACCUCGCGUAUCCUCGUCCACGAGUCCGUGUACGACAAGUUCGUCGAGCUCUUCAAGGAGGUCGUUAAGACCGAGAGUAAGGUCGGUGACCCCUUCGAGGACGAGACCUUCCAGGGCCCGCAGGUCACCAAGGCCCAGUACGAGCGUGUGCUCUCAUACAUCGAGGCUGGUAAGUCCGAGGGUGCAACCCUCACUGCCGGUGGCGAGCCAUACAAGAACGUCGGUGACGGCCGCGGUUUCUUCAUCGCCCCCACUAUCUUCACCAACGUCAAGGACAACAUGCGUAUCUACCGCGAGGAGGUGUUUGGUCCCUUCGUCGUCAUUGCCAGCUUCACUACUGAGGACGAGGCCGUCACUCGUGCCAACGACACUACCUACGGUCUCGGUGCUGCGCUGUUCACGCGCGACAUCGAGCGCGCCCACCGCGUUGCCUCGGACAUCGAGGCCGGUAUGGUCUGGAUCAACAGCAGCAACGACAGCGACUUCCGUGUGCCGUUCGGUGGUGUCAAGCAGAGCGGUAUUGGCCGCGAGCUGGGCGAGGCUGGCCUCGACGCUUACUCGCAGGUUAAGGCGAUCCACGUUAACAUGGGCAGCCGUCUGUAA